GCCAGCGCCCCGGAGAGGCGCACGGAGGCAGCCGCGCCGCGGCGGGCCCAGAACCCUCCCCCCGCCACUAUUCCCUAUUAUAGAAGCGCUUCCGGCAGCGUGGACCACUCUGACAUCAUCCCCCGCACCCCGGUGACGUCAGCGCCGUGAGCGGGAACAACCCAUCUUCAGCACCCGAGCUCAUGUCUUCCAGAUUGAUCCAAACACUAAGAAGAACUGGGUUCCCACCAGCAAGCAUGCUGUUACUGUGUCCUAUUUCUAUGACAGCACAAGAAAUGUCUACAGGAUAAUCAGUUUGGAUGGCUCAAGGGCAAUAAUAAAUAGCACUAUCACCCCCAACAUGACAUUUACUAAAACAUCCCAGAAGUUUGGCCAAUGGGCCGACAGCAGGGCAAAUACAGUCUAUGGCUUGGGAUUUUCAUCUGAACAUCACCUUUCAAAAUUUGCGGAAAAAUUUCAGGAAUUCAAAGAAGCUGCACGACUAGCAAAGGAAAAAUCCCAAGAAAAGAUGGAGCUAAGAAGUACACCCUCUCAAGAAUCAGCUGGAGGGGAUAUUCAGUCUCCUUUAACACCAGAAAGUAUUAAUGGGACAGAUGACGAGAGAGUGAUGCCGGAAGUGACGCAGAACUCAGAACCAAGGGCUGAAUCAACCCAGAACGCAUUGCCAUUUACCCAUAGUUCGACAAUCAGCAAGCAUUGGGAAGCAGAACUGGCCACACUCAAGGGUAAUAAUGCUAAGCUCACUGCAGCCCUGCUGGAGUCCACUGCCAAUGUAAAACAAUGGAAGCAACAGCUUGCUGCAUAUCAGGAGGAAGCAGAACGUCUUCAUAAGCGGGUGACUGAACUAGAGUGUGUGAGCAGUCAAGCCAAUGCAGUCCACACACAUAAAACAGAAUUAAACCAGACAAUACAGGAGUUAGAGUCUACGUUGAAGAAAAAAGAAGAGGAAAUAGAAAGAUUGAGACAAGAAAUCAACAGUGCCAGAGAGCUUCAGGCACAGAGAGAUUCUCUGACCCAGAAGUUACAGGAAGUAGAAAUUCGAAACAAAGACCUGGAAGGCCAGCUGUCUGAUCUAGAGCAACGUCUGGAGAAAAGUCAGAAUGAGCAAGAAGCUUUUCACAAUAACUUGAAGACACUUUUAGAAAUUCUUGAUGGAAAAAUAUUUGAACUAACAGAGUUACGAGAUAACUUGGCCAAGCUAAUAGAAUGCAGCUAAAGAAAUGAGAUUUCUGUGCCAAUCAGCUUAAAGAUGCACUGUCUCUCUUCAUAAGACUAUGUUGGGCUCUGCAUCAAAGUUGCACAAAAUUAGAAAAUGCUCCUCUGAGAGGGCUUGUUUAAAAUUUGAGUCAUAUUUCAAUGUAAAAUUUAGAAGUCAGCUUGUAGCUAGCUGAAAAAAAUGACAAACUUGAAUUACAAAUUACCUCCUUGUACAUUAUUGGCCAUAGACAACUUGAAAGAUGUUAACAGUAACUAAAUGCAAUCCUUUUCUAAUUAUCAGUGAUGGAAGAAUCAGUAGUGUCCCAAGUCACAUCCCCUUUUUGUGAUAAAUACAAUAUAGGUUAUCUGCUGUUUUAUUUAUUUAAGAUAUUGCUGUGUUUUGUGCAAGAACUUAGUGAUGACAGCCCUGUAUUCUGCCGUUCUUGAUUUCUCAGGAUACUUUCCACUGUGGAGCAGCAGUGCUGUUACCAAUUUAUUCUUGCCAGGAAUGAGAGAGAGUUGCAUCUUUAAUUGAAACAAAGUUACUAUAACUGCUUGUAUAAAGUUGUUCUUUUUGGAGUUUUAUUGGUAUUUCUUUAUGGAGCUUACUCUGGUGUUCUACAAAAUUGUCCAAUGUAGUGUUUACUUUUUCAUAUGAAUUCCAUCUAAUUACAGUGAGUUACUAUCUUCCAAUUAACUGUACUUUGAAGCCAACCAAUGAUGGCAGGUGAGUCCCCCAGGGGAAAAAAAAAAAUUAAAAAAAAAAAUCCUGAGAAUUUUAAAUGUAAAAUUUGACAUGCACAGAUAACAAGAAAUAGCCAGUUGAUAUAUCAACUGGCUAUGUUCAAUUAACUGCUAACCUGUUCUGCAGGAGAUUUUUUCAGAAUGUCACAUGAAUGUCAGGUUUUGUGAAUAAUGUUUUAUGGGGAUUAUUGUUUAUUACAGAUUGCAUUAAGAGCAUAGAGCUAUUGCAAGGAAUUACUCAUACACUGAACUUGUCCAGACAAGAAAGCUGUUUCUAAAAAUUUUGUUGUCAUAAAUUGAAAUGGAGACAUUUACUCUUUUAUGGGUCUUCAUAACACAUCUUUAUUGAAACUACACCAGGCAAUAUUCUGAACUGUUAACUAAAUAUUUAAAAACAGGAAACUGAAUUCAAUUAUCCUCAGUGAGCAGGUUUUAAAGUUGUUUUGAUGUAAUUUUAAAAGACUUUUGACAAACAUGCAUUUAUUUAUAUAAUAGAUUUAUUUAAAAAACCCCAACUCUUUGAAGGUAAGCCAAGUGUCAUGUGUCUUGCAUCAAAGUACAUUCUUGCCAUCAAUUGCUUGUAACGUUGAAGGAUUUUUUUAAAAGUAUGAAUGAGUGUCAGACUUCAAAGUCAAAAGAUGCACUGACCUUUGUUUGCUCCCCAAAUUAAUCUGAAUGUUAAACAUGAAAUCUAGCUGCUUAUUAAAUUUGUACAACACAAUUUUCUCCACUCUAGAGACUGCUAUUCAAAACUAGAAAAUAUGUUUGUUUUUAUGCGUGUACAUACCAUAUAACACAUCGGUUCUCAUUUAUAUCAGAAAUACAAGCUUUAUUUCUAAAAUACUGGGGUUUUUUCUUUACCAGUAAUUUAUCAGGUGUCCUCUGACUAGUCAGGAAAAUGGUUUAGGUCAAAUGCUAAACCAUCAUGUAUUAUACUGUAUGUAAUGUACACAAUGUUUAAGUUUUCUCCAUAUUUUUAGGGUAUUUUCUCAGCUAAUUCAUUAAAGGGAUGGAGGCAGCUUGGUUCAGUGUGCUACUGGUUGAAAACUCUGGGGUGAGCUACAUGUUUUUCAUUCAGUGGAUUGUAGACAGUGGUGUGUAUAUCUUCAUCAGGUCCAGAUGAGCAGAUGUAACCAGUUUUUAAUUUACCUGGGGAUGUUUGGCCUGAUUCUCUUGUCACUUAUGCUGCUGUAAACCAGAUGUGUCCCUGAUGUGAUAUCAGCAACAUUCAGUUGGCAUAACAUCUGUGGAAGUGCAAGGAGAAUCUGUCCUGUUAAUGCUCAGUGGACAUAAAAAGGAUGAAGUAAGAAUAAAACCACAGAAAGUUGAUGAUGGAAUAAAUGUAAUAUUAUUUUAAA